CACCAGUGGCGUAUAUAUGGGGGGCCGAGGAGGCCCGGGCCCCCUCCGAAAUGAAAAACACAACUAUUUAAAAUAAUGUCUCACUUCCCUCCUUUCUCAAAAACAAAAAAAAAAAAAUCCAAUUACAUAAUCGGCCUCCUCCGAAAUGAAAACCUAUAUACGCCAAUGGAUAACACCCCUGGAAGCCGCGACGUACCGGUAGAAAGCCACUGGUGCCUGGUCUAUGAUAUAGAACUAAUUGUAUUGAUUAAAUCAAUCAGCUAUGCCAGACAGAGAUACUAAUUCUUCGAUGAAUAGUCACGAUGAUACAUAUAAGUGUUCGUUAGGCAGCGAUGACUUCAUACUCGUAGAAGAAAUCAUUUCCGGUCGAAAAACGAGCACUGUGGAAACGGUACAGGGAAUUUGUUUGUGUAUGAAGCAAAAACUCGGUAGAACAGUGGCUAUGAAAAACGUGAGGCGUAGGGUACCGAUAUUGAACUGGUUACCAUGUUACACGAUUGAAGACGGACUUGGUGAUAUAAUGUCUGGCGUGACUGUUGGUUUAACGGUCAUACCACAGUCGAUGGCGUAUGCCGGAUUGGCAGGUCUCCCACCGCAAUACGGUCUUUAUGGUUCGUUUCUUGGCACGUUCAUCUACACGUUCGUUGGUAGCUGUAAGGACGUGCCUAUGGGACCGACUGCCAUUGUGUCGCUGAUGACUUAUAGCACACUACACGGCUACGGUCCAGAGUAUGCCACACUAUUAUGCUUUCUCACCGGCGUCAUACAACUGGCCAUGGGAGUCUGUGGCCUGGGCAUAAUCAUCGAUUUCGUAUCCGGUCCCGUGUCUUCGGGAUUCACGUCCGCCGUGGCCUUGCUAAUUAUCGCAUCCCAAAUAAAAGACCUGAUCGGUGUCCACGGUACCGGGUCCAGUCUGUGGGAAAUGAUGUGUUCCCUUUAUAGGGACAUCGACACGAUUAGCUACGGCGACACUGUCAUCGGGGUCGGAUGCAUUGUAUUUCUGUUAGUGUUGCGGGUCAUCGCCGAACUUCGUUUAGGUCCCGCGGACCCGGAACAACAAAGCUGCGUUCAGAAAUACAUAAACAAGAGUUUCUGGUUAAUAGGAUCGAUCAGAAAUUCGAUAAUUGUUAUCAGCUGUACCGUCAUGAGCUACAUAUUCAUAAGUGCUCAAGACGAGUCGUUCAAAUUGCCGUACAAGAUCAUCGGAACAAUUCCAGCGGGUCUUCCGGAAUUUCGUCUACCCCAGUUCACAAUGCAGCGAGACAAUGAGACCAUAGGUUUCUUCGAAAUUAUGUCCACGAUGAAGUCAAACGUGGUCGUUUUGCCACUGAUUGGUCUGCUGGAGAAUAUAUCUAUUUGCAAGGCGUUCGCCAACGGCAAGACCGUGGACGCGACCCAAGAAUUAUUGGCCAUUGGUUUGUGUAACAUUGGAAAUUCGUUCGUGCAAAGUUUUCCAGGUUCUGGGUCGUUUAGCAGGAGUGCUGUGAAUAACGCCAGUGGAGUGCGAACCCCCUUGGGUGGAUUAUACACUUCGAUCCUGGUGAUCGUGGCUCUGUUGUUUUUGACACCAUACUUUUAUUACAUACCCAAAACUUGUUUGGCAGCGGUUAUCAUAACGGCAGUGGUAUUCAUGGUAGAAGUGAGGGUCGUUAAACCAAUAUAUCGUUCGAAAAAAAGCGAUCUAAUCCCGGGGAUGUUCACUUUUUUUGCAUGCCUAUUCUUGCCCUUAGAGAUUGGCGUCCUGUUUGGCAUAGGGCUGAAUUUAACUUCGAUUUUGUACCACGCGGCUAGACCCAAAAUAUCCAUACAAGAGUACAAGACUCGCGCCGGUUUCAAGUAUCUAAUGCUGACCCCGGACAGAUGUUUGGUAUUUCCAUCCGCCGAUUACGUCCGUAACCUGGUUACAAAACACAGUCUUAAACGGGAUAUGCCGGUAGUCAUAGAUUGUUCUCAUGUGUAUGGAGCUGACUUCACCGCCGCUAAGGUCAUCGAAAUGCUAACUAAAGAUUUUUCAGACAGGGGGCAAGCUUUGUUUUUUUACAACCUUAAACCUAGUGUAGUUGAUGUGUUUAGAGGGGUAAAACCAAAAGAAUUGGUGUUUUACUACAAUAAAAAAGAAUUAGACCGACUAUUACAAAAAUCGACUGAACAACACCACACUGCAAUGUUACAGCCGUUGCUACAGACUAAGUGAAUAUGAUUUAUCUAAUUUUCUCCCCUGAAAUGUUUAUAGCUUUGACUUUUGUUUUUGAUUUUUUUUUUUUUAAGGCGGGAGUACAUAAAUAUAUAAAUUAUAUUAUAUACAUUUUGCUGAUAAAAAUUGUCUAUAACAAAUGUCUGUAUAACGAUAUGUUUUAGAAAUUUAGUACCUUAUACACAAUGUACACAUACAGUAGCAUAUAAGUCUAAUAGGAUGUAAUAUUAUUAUAGUUGAGGAAUGAGGAUUGAUUUUGUAAAACCAAUAUUUUUUUUUGUGUACUUUUCUACAAAUCCACAUUGUUCCACAAAAAUUUAAAUCAUGAUUAAAUAACAAAAUAACCA